CCACCUUCUGGCGUCGUGGUCUCUCCCGCCCGCUUCAUUUCUGUUUCUGCGUCUUGCAGCGAGCCGUCCGACUACAAAACCGCGCAGCGCCCCGUUUCGCGGUGAACGGGCGUGUUUCACCCCCUUCACUCCUUCGCUCCCACGCCCGAGCAGUCAGCCCCAUCCGUGGUUUCAGUGGCUCAGCCUGCCGCGGUGCUUGCCACAGGACAGCUACUGUCUGGGAUAGCUUGCUGCUAGUCGCCUGGAAAUCUGCUGCCACUGCUGCCAGCUUCUCGCCUACUUUUCCUCCACCUGCUCUUGCAACCACGCGCCCACAAACUCGCCACCCCCUCCUCGGCGCCCAACAUGAGGCCUCUUACUGCGCUGCUGGCGCUCCCGCUCGCGCUGCUCCCGUCGCUCGCUGUGGCCGAGGGCCUCAAAAUCCAAGUCACAAAGGCGGCACAGUGCACGCGCAAGACCAAGAAUGGCGACACGCUGUCGAUGAACUACAAGGGCACGCUGCUGAGCGAUGGCUCCAAGUUCGACUCGAGCUAUGAUCGCGGCGACCCGUUUACCUUUACCAUUGGCAUGGGCCAGGUCAUCAAGGGCUGGGACCAGGGACUGCUGGACAUGUGCAUAGGAGAAGGGAGAAGGCUGACCAUACCGCCCGAGUUGGGCUAUGGAAGCCGUGGCGCAGGCGGCAAGAUUCCGCCAGGAGCAACGCUUGUGUUUGAGACGGAGCUCAUGGGCAUUGAGGGUGUCGAGGCGGAACCCGCGAAACCUGCGAAGCCCGAGUCGCCACCUAAACCUAGCGAAGCGGCGCCAGCAAGACCUACCGCUCCUGUUACCGACGACAAUGUCAACGAGAACAACGAAGAGGCUGCGCCUGAGAACGUGGCCAAGCCUUCGCCCGCCUCGCAGUCCCACGCUGCUGGUGUUCCAGAUACCAGGCCUCUGGAAACGGGGGCACCCGCGGCCGAUAACAAGCCGGAGGGCGCUCAGGGAAACCCACUGGAUGGCGAAUCUGGAAACGGAGAGUGCAAUCUGCUUGGGGACUUUGCGUUGUUCGUACAGGGUGCUCUGGGACUUCUUGCAGUGUCGUCGCUUGCCGUCAAGAGAAUGCGAGAGCAUCCCCGCCGUCCGUUGAAGAUUUGGUUCUUUGAUGUAUCCAAGCAAGUGUUUGGCUCGGUGCUGCUCCACCUCGCAAACGUCUUGAUGUCGAUGUUGUCGUCUGGUAAAUUCGACGUGGCUGUGUCGACCAAGGCUACCACGCAGUAUGCCGGCAAGAAUGAAGAAGGCGACCAGCCCAACCCAUGUUCAUUCUACCUUUUGAACCUGGCUAUUGACACGACAAUCGGCAUCCCCAUUCUUGUCCUUCUCCUCAAGGUCCUCCACGCAGCCUUUGCCCGCACGCCGCUCGCCGACCCGCCCGAAUCGCUGCGCUCUGGCAACUACGGCCAGCCGCCACGCGCCACAUGGUGGCUCAAGCAAUCCAUCAUCUACUUCCUCGGUCUCAUCGGCAUGAAACUCUGCGUCCUCGUGCUGUUCGCGCUGCUCCCCUGGAUCGCGUGGAUCGGCGACUGGGCGCUCCGCUGGACCGAAGGCAACACGGCACUUCAAAUCGCCUUUGUCAUGUUCGUCUUCCCGCUCAUCAUGAACGCGCUGCAAUACUGGAUCAUCGACAACUUUAUCAAGGACCGCGAGUCGUCUGCUUCGGACGGCCGCUACGGCGUCGUCCGCGGCACAGACGAAGAUUCCGAUCUCGAUGAUGACGAUGACGACAAUGCCGAGCACGACGCUGAGUGGCGUGAGCGUCAGCGCAGACGCGAACAGGGCAUCGAUGACGACGAUACUGAUGCUGAAGAUGGAUCUGUAGAGGCGCUCAAGGAAGGCGCUAGAGUUAGAGCUUCCAGGGCUGCAACUAGGUCCGAUGAGUAUGAUCCUGCGCUGCAUGGAGCUAGUGGCAGUGGGAAGACGAGGACGGAUUAGAGACUUGUUUCGGUGUGUUUUGUAGGCGAGGGGGGGAAGGUGUGUUUUUUUUUUCUUGGGUUGCGGGGAGUGUGUGGUUUUUUUUUUAGGGUUUAUCGUAUCGUAUCGUAUUGUAUCGGAUUUCAUUGCAUUGCAUUGCAUUCCAUAUUGUCUGGUCUAGUCUUUUCGGGUCUCUUUCCGUGUUGCUCUUGCUAUCUUGCUGUUGCUAUCUUGCUGGUGUUACUGGGUUUCGUCAAGUCUAGUCUAGUCUAGUCUAGUCC